GUUAUUAUUCCAGUGGAUUUUACUCUCCUUCCUUUCAGCUGAUUUUGGUUUAGUUUUAUUCUACUUUGGCUCAUGUCCCAUGUGUGGCUGCCAGAUCUGGAAACAAAAAUGUCUGUCGUGGGCAGGAGGAGCUGUGAGCUUAGGUGCAUCCCCUGGUCCUCAAAGGAGCUGAGAGCCUUCCGGGCAGUAUGUUCAGCAGGGGCAUGGCUUUCCUCAUGAAGAAAUCAAUGCAGAAAUGACAAAAGUCUGACUACAAAUAUCCCAUGGGUCUGGGAUUUUUUGUAUGUGUCACUGAGAAUUGUGCCAUUGGAAACCCCUCUGUGGUUCUUCCCAUCAGUGUCACUGGACGUCCCACCAUGGCUUUUCUCAUCAGCCCAUGUAGAAGAGGGAGUACCAGGCAGCAUCACUGUCUGAAAAAGGCACAGCCAUAUCAUUCCCUGCUAUUAAGCUUGGAGCCAGCUGUGACACAAUGAGUGUUUGCUAAUGAUCUCACAAGGGGAUCAGUUCUACCAUGGUGUGAGGACCUGCUGCAGGGAGAUCAAGAGUUCUGAUACACAUGCUGAAAAUACACAUGAUGGGAAAUUUGUAGACUAUGGAAAUAAUAUAAUCCAAGCAGCCAGUAAAAAGCAUGCAGCAGGAGAGGAAAAUGUGCAACAACUACAUUUGUUUUUGUUGAAAGAUCAGGAAAACAAAAAGCCACAAGCUCCAACACAACAUCCAGUAACACAAUAAAGCAAGAGACAAAAGAACACGAGCCUCCAAGCAUUCAUAGCAAACAUUGCAGCUUCAUCUUUUAGACAACUGGAGAAUUACUGUCUGACUUCAUUGAGAUACAUUUCUAAAGCUAAGAAGGAAUCUCCUUGUGAAUCCCCUGUGCAGAUGUGGAUCUACAAAGCAGGCAUGUCUCUUAACUCUGGAGAUCAUCAUGAGCAAAUGCCCUCAACCACGGGCAGGAGGAGAGCUGUUGGACCAAUCCAUAUUCAUCUCCACCAGGGCUUUCUACCUUCUGGUGAAGCACUUGGUUUCAUUGUGCUCUCUUCAAGGGAACCUUCCAGUCUGCUGCAUCAGAUACAGCAAAGCAAAGCACAGCAGCAGCUCCAAAAUCGAGUUCAAGCAGCUACCAUCAUUCAGGCAGCAUGGAGAGGCUACCAAGUUCGAAGAGGGCUGGAAGAAAUGAACAAAGCCUCUGUCAAGAUUCAGGCAGCCUGGAGAGGCUUCCAAGUUCGAAGGAAGCUGGAUGAAAUGCACAAAGCUGCUGUCAAGAUUCAGGCAGCUUAUCGAGGCCAUAGGACGCGGCAGGCAUUGCCCCUCGGGUUUUACAAUUGCUUAAGAGAUAAAAAGGUUGCGCUGGAUGGAAAGAAGAAGGAAGAGGAGGAAAUUAUAUCAGUGCUUGGAGUGCCUGGCACCCUGGAGUGCAACAUGUGGUGUGAGGAAAUCUCCCAUAUGCCAGCUGCUAUCGUCAAAAUUGAGAGUCCAGCAGGUUGUUGCAGGGACAGACACAGUCCAAGCUCUGAUGUUAUUCCUGGGGCAGCUGUGUACAGUCCAGAGGUUUAUCUCACACCCAUCAAAGCUGUGAACCAUGAAGACAAUUUACUUGCCUUUGAGAUUCUCCCAGCUGUGACAUCUGAACAGCAAGUCCAGAAUGCUGAAGGCAAAAUUCAGGCUGCAGGAGGAGAGCACCAAAGCACAGAUGAGCUUGAUAAAAUGGAAAGACCAGCUGAGAAAAAAUCAGAGCAGAACCUGGUCCUAGCCUACAGUUGUCAACUCAAACAAAACUUUUGUGAAAAUUUUCGAAUUUCAGACAUAUGCAGUAUCACCGGAGUGCUGAAAUGGACUUCGAAGCCCAAAGACAAGGUGCCAUACUCCAAACAAAGCCUCACUGCGCAGUUAGAAAUGAAAAAGAGGGAAAAAACAUCUGAUGCUAAGAGUGAAGCCCCAUCCAUCAGGAAGGUUGAAGUGCACACAGUGGUGAGGAACCUGCCAGCAUCCCAACGGUGCCCCAUCUCCCUCCAUGUGUCCAGUCCCAAUGGAACUGUGGAGUGCUCUCAGAGGGAACUGGCUAUGAGGCAGCUGCGUGGGCUGUAUGCUGUCAGAGGACUCAGGGGCUCACAACCUGCUUAUGUCUCCAUCUGCAUCAGCGUGGUGGAAGUGGGAAGGAAGGCAGGUGCAAGCUCAGUGUGGUAGGAAAGCUCCAAGAAGAUCUAGCACUGAAAUACCUCUUCUCAUCUUGUGCUCGCAGAGCCUAGCCACGGCUGAAGCUCCCAUCCUGGUGCAGCUCUGGCAGCACCCACUACGGGCUGCCAUCAGCUCUUCACACAGACCUCCUGCUGCUGCCUGCUGCGGUCACAUCUCUCAAGGCAAGCUCCAAUUGCUGUCACAAGCCGGUCCAAGCAGAAGCGCAAGAUUUGUGCAUGCUUUCAGAGCUCGUUACUUAGCUUGGGGCAUCGUUAUGCAACGCUGCAGCUACAAGCCCGUCGCGCUAGGAGUCAGCUUUCAAGCCACCGCGCUGCUCUCUCGCAGCAGGCCCAAUAAACGCCG